UGUAGCAACAUCCUUCUUCUGAAAACCACCGCAAGUGGAAGAACAAUCACUUGAAAAACAAGGAGAAGUUCUAAUGAUCUUUUUUUGGACUUGACCUUAUUACAUGUACAUAAAUCAGUUGCACCUACAAGGCUUGAGGGUUUUCUGCACUGUGCCUGUUGGGCCUUUCUGCUCUUAACCACCCUUUGAAAUGGCUGACCAACUGAAUGAAGAACAGAUUGCAGAAUUCAAAGAAGCUUUCUCUUUGUUUGACAAAGAUGGUGAUGGCGCAAUCACAACGAAGGAGCUCGGCACCGUCAUGAGAUCACUUGGACAAAACCCUUCAGAAGCAGAACUACAGGACAUGAUCAAUGAAGUAGAUUGUGAUGGCAGUGGGACAAUUGACUUCUCUGAAUUCCUCACUAUGAUGGCCCGUAAAAUGAAAGAUACAGAUACUGAAGAAGAAAUCAGAGAGGCAUUCCGUGUAUUUGACAAGGAUGGAAAUGGCUUUAUAAGUGCGGCAGAGCUCCGUCAUGUGAUGACAAACCUAGGGGAGCAAUUAACAAAUGAAGAGGUCGAUGAGAUGAUCAGAGAAGCAGAUUGUGAUGGAGACGGUCAAGUAAACUAUGAAGAAUUUGUUCAAAUGAUGAAAUCAAAGUGAAGACUGAACAGAAUGAGUUGUAGCUUCUUACAUAAAGAGGUUUAUUUGCCUUUCUUUGAGUUUUUUAUGUAUAUUCAAAUUGCUUACUUUACUGUCACAAACUUUGAGUACCAGCCAUGAUUUCCAUAUUAUUACAAUAUACAUUUAUAAUCUGGUUUCAGUCCAAAGCUGUUUAAGUAACUAUUCUUACAUGCAGUUCCUAUUUUAACCUGCAGAUCUGAUCCCCAUGCCAUCUAAAGAUAGAUUUUGUCAAGGAACUGUGUAUGUUGCAAUGUGGAGUUAAUGCUGAAUCUGUGCACUAAAACAUAAAACAUUUAUUUAAUUUUUAUUAUUAAGCAUUAUAAAAAAAGCACAGAUUUAUGAUUCUCAAAUAUUACAAUUGUUAAGAAUUAAUUUACAUAGAUAACAACAUGUUUUGGGAUUUUUAACUUUUAUACAACUGUAAUAGUACUUAUGUCUUACCAUGUAAUUUGAAUACAUUUACAUAUUAAAUUAUAGCGUGAUAUAUGAAUAAUUGCAAGUUUGCAUAGUUCCCUCACAUGAGGGAUGCUCUAAUUCUUACUUAUCCAGCUGUAUUGCAAUACAUUUAAUACAGCUUGUCAUUUUAAAUAUUUCCAAGAGUGCUGAAUUCUGUCUGUAUCGUUAUGUUUUUGUUGUUGUUUUUUUUCACGUUACUUUCCUAUUGAAUAUACAUGAAAAGUUAAGUUUAGCAAACCAAUUAAACCUGUUUAAAACAGUGAUGUUAUAGAAUACAUUGGUGGAUAUUUUCUUUAAUAUAAGUGGCUUCAAAUUAGAAACAUAGAUUUUGCUGAAUAUCCAUUUUUAUUAGAUUUUUACCCAUCCAGAAAUAUUCCAUAUGGAAGACCUGAAGGUGUGUACGUGAAUUGAAAUGCACGUUGCAAAAUGUCGGUUGAAAUAUACUCCACCCAUUGUGCAGCACUACAGAACUUGUUGGUGCUUUAUAAAUAAUAAUAAUAAUAAUAAUAAUAAAUAGCAAAGCUGUACCAUAAGCAAACAGAGAGAAUAUUUCCAUAUCGGCUAUUGUUGACUAAAAUGUACAAUUCAGUUUUUAAUCCACCACAAUUCUGUUUUUGUUUUUUGUUUUUGUUUUUUUCUUCUAACCUUUAUUUAGCAAUUUAAUAUAUGUUAAACAGAAUGAAUGGCAAGGAUAAAAGAAUGAAAGUACUUUCCAUUUGUAUAUGCACAGUAAUGUGACUCGCUGUACAGAAAGAAAGUUUGUAGAACAAAAAAUGUCCCAGAACAACUAAUUUAAAUUAAGUGACAAUAAUGUACCAUUGUAAGACUGAUAUCCGGGAGCACAGUGACUACAAUAAACAAUACACUGUAAUAAGUCAAAAUCUUCAGAGAAAUAAAACACAAUUCUAUGUUGAAUAAAUAAACUUCAGAGUGUCAAAAU